AUGUCACAAGAUAAUAAUAUUAUGUUUAUAAAUUUGCCUUUUGUAUUGAUAAGUGUAAUAGUUAAUAAUAUAACUGAUAACAUAGAUAGAGUUUGUUUUAGUUUAGUUUGCAAGAGAUGGUUUGACAACAGAAAUAAAUAUCUGUUGUUCAAUGUUAAUAACACUUUAAAAAUACCAACAUCAUCACCAUCACCAAUAAACAAUGAUCAGCAGUCUCACAACACAACAAAUACAGUAGGUUCCUAUCAAUCUGUAUAUUCGACUUCAUUAGAGUUUAAAGAGAUUGUUUCGAUGAUGAUCUUAGAUAAUGACACUAAAAUUAUUAAUGAUUUUUACGAUUUAACAUUAGAUCAAAAAACAUUUUCUCAAUACGGUAUACUUACAACUGUUAGAGAGAUUUUUAUAUCUGCCAAAGUAGAUCUUCCUGAUGAUGCAUUGCUCUCGUCAAACAUCAUAAAGAUAAAUGGUCUCAAAAACUUCAAAAUGAAACUACCACCAACCACCAAGUUUCUACAUUUCAGUGGUUCAUCAAUUGAAGAUUUCACUAAAGAUUGCUUUCCAUCUGGUUUAGAGGAGCUGACCAUCAGAUCACUUUUAAGUAAUCACCUCACUAAAGGUAUGCUACCAGAUGGUUUGAAGAGCAUAUUCUUUGGACUUCGAAAAGAUCAACCAAUAGAGCCAGGUGUUCUACCUUUAUCUCUCAGGAGUCUAACUUUAAGCAGAGCCAAGCCCAAUCAACUCGCCAAAGCUGGAGUACUUCCGCCGAAUCUUGAGUCUCUACGAUUUCUUGGCUUCCCACCUACAAUUAUAAACGAACAUUAUUUACCACAGACUCUCCAAACUCUUCAAUUUGUACCUUCAAGUUGGAUUCCUUUUAUGAAAUCUCUACCAAAUUUAACAACUCUAAUUCUAGGUUUUAGCAAUGAGAAUGCUUUAAACCUGUCAGAUCUUCCACCAACAUUGACAAGUCUAGCACUUAGUUCUAGAUAUCAUUUGAAAUCAGCAUUAUCACCAGCAAUCAAAUAUCUAUCGCUCUAUCAUUCACAAAUCAAUAGCGUAAAUUUAUAUGACUUCAAAGAGAUGUUUCCAGAGACAAUACAAUAUCACCUGGAAGAGUUAUCAGUCAGCAGCUUACCAGAAUCAGUUUUGCCAAACCUCAAGAUUGACAAACUCACCCAUUCAAACUUUCCAUAUACAACUCUAAAUAUCGAUCAUUUGGAAGUCAAAAUAAUGAAAGAAGGAAUCGAACAGAGAAUUAUCAAAGGUCGUUUGAAUUUACAAACACUUCCAUAUGGAAUCAAAUAUCUUAGUAUCAGUUUCGAAGAACUUUUUUUCAAUACAGUAACAAUUCCAACAUCAGUUGAAACUCUUGAAAUAAGAGAUAGAACUGGAACUAUAAAAAAAUUACCAUUCUAUGUGAUUCCAAAUUUUGUGCGAACAUUAAUCAUUAACUUUUCAUUCCAAUAUCCACUUUACAUUCCACCAACUCUCACCAAUAUCAUAUUUAAAUAUUUGGGUUUGAGUAAAGAUAAGUGUCAUAUCAGAAAGAUAGAUUCAAAUUAUUAUCUAUUGGUUGGCUGGCUAUUUAAAGAUAAUUAUCAAGAUAAAAGAGUUGCGAAAAUCAUUCACAAAUCAAAUUUCAAUCAUUAUUUCAGAGUAUCUCAAUUAUUUUUAGAAUAA